GCAUGGUGGUGCAGUGGUUAGCACUGUUGCCUCACACCUCUGGGACCCGGGUUCGAGUCUCCGCCUGGGUCACAUGUGUGUGGAGUUUGCAUGUUCUCCCCAUGUCGUCGUGGGGUUUCCUCCGGGUACUCCGGUUUCCCCCCACAGUCCAAAAACAUGCUGAGGCUAAUUGGACUUGCUAAAUUGCCCAUAGGUGUGCAUGUGUGAGUGAAUGGUGUGUGAGUGUGCCCUGCGAUGGGCUGGCCCCCCAUCCUGGGUUGUUCCCUGCCUCGUGCCCAUUGCUUCCGGGAUAGGCUCCGGACCCCCCGCGACCCAAUAGGAUAAGCGGUUUGGAAAAUGGAUGGAUGGAUAGGCUGUGUUGCGGUGACCCUGUAGUCCAAUGUGGACUCUGGCAGGGAGCUGGGAGGGAGCAAAAACGUGGCCCUGUAGGUCCUGAGGACUGGGCUGGGGGGCACUGCUGUGGUCUAGCCCAAGAAAUACAGGGUAUUUAUACGGCGUAUGUUAGCAAGAGGCAGCCCACCGGCCCCUUUUUAGUUUUCGUCAUGCCCCCCCGCCUCCUAAUAGAUUCCUGCGGUAGUAUGACCCCCUCCCGGAACAUAGCUGGAAUAGGGGACGUGGCUCAGUGGGUUACGCGCAACGUUAGCGCAGACCAGCGGGGAAGUCGGGGAGAGCAAUCAUGCUCGGGCACAGUAUAAGGCAACCGGGUCAAGUGCGAGUAUGCUACGAUCGGAAGGGUGCCUGUUCAAAUCACGCACUCGGGAGAGUAAUUACCCCGACUCAUUAAACCCCAACUGCCACAGGGAGUGGCUGACCCAGAUUUCUCAUUUGCAUAAAAGCUGACUACAGCUGGUUUAUGUAUCAAAUACAUAAAUGUACAUGUAUUGCGUACAGUCUCCCCGCCGCACGGAGAACACAUGCGAACUGCACACAGACAGAUAACUAAUUCCUAAUUGACAAUGAACACCAGUCCACCCUGUGAACCUUUGAACACAGUGGCCGCUAGAUGGCACCACUGUCGUGCAUCCGGUUCGGGCCCAGUCAGAAGAAUUGCAUCAUCGGCGGAGGGAUGUAAAUAAAGCCUCAAAGUUAACCGUAUGCAUGCGUGGCUAAAUCCGUAAAAAUGGGGAAGAGAGACAACAGAGUGGCGUACAUUAACCCCAUAGCGGCGGCUCGGGCCCGGGGACCCCCGCCAUCUGCCGGAACCACGAUCCAGGACUACCUGAAUAGACCGAGGCCGACGUGGGAGGAGGUGAAGGAGCAGCUGGAGAAGAAAAAGAAGGGAUCAAGAACGCUGGCGGAGUUUGAGGAGAAAAUGAAUGCGAAGUGGAAAAAGGAGCUAGAGAGGAACAGAGACAAGCUUCUCGGAGGGAGCGAUGGCAGGAAGGACAAAGAUAAAAAAGAGAAAAAGCGACGAGAGAAGAAGAGAGCCAGCAGGCAUUCUUCGUCUUCUUCCUCUUCAUCAAGUUCUGAUUCCUCUAGCAGCUCGUCCGAAUCUGAUGAGGAGGAAAAGAAGAUUAAGAAGAAGAGAAAGCAGAAGCGUGUCAGAAAGGUGUCAGAUGACGACGACUCAGAAUCAGAAUCUGACAACAAGGAACCUUCCAGAAAGAAAAAGAAGCAGCCAAGGGUGGACAACACUGAAAGGGAAAAGGAUGACAAGGGGAGCCGUCGUAAGCUAAGGCUGGAACAUCCCAACAAGGCCUCGUCCCCUGAGUCGCAUGCAGACUCCGAAAUCGGGGAGGGUGACUCGAAGAAACAGAAAAGAAGUAGUGAAGAGAAGGAAAGAAGUACGGUCAGUAACCAUGUGCAGGCACCAGUAACACAUGGAGGGAAGUUCGGUCAGUAACCGUGUGCAGGCACCAGUAACACAUGGAGGGAAGUUUGGUCAGUAACCGUGUGCAGGUACCUGUAAGACAUGGAGGGAAGUUCGGUCAGUAACCGUGUGCAUGUUGUGGAAUAUAAUGGUGCACAAGAAUCAUGGUUUGGUACAAACCCUGGUUUUGGAUUCACAGUUCAGUGCAAUUUCCGUACAGCAGGGAAGAAUUUGUUUUGAAAUUUAUUAUUAAAACUGCAAGCACAAUUGGGAACAAUUGUAAACCAAAGGGGUGGCAUGGUGGUGCAGUGGUUAGCACUGUUGCCUCACACCUCUGGGACCUGGGUUCGAGUCUCCGCCUGGGUUACAUGGGUGUGGAGUUUGCAUGUUCUCCCCAUGUCAUCGUGGGGUUUCCUCCGGGUACUCCGGUUUCCCCCCACAGUCCAAAGACAUGCUGAGGCUAAUUGGAGUUGCUAAAUUGCCCAUAGGACUGCAUGUGUGAGUGAAUGGUGUGUGAGUGUAAGCUGCGAUGGGCUGCCCCCCAUCCUGGGUUGUUCCCUGCCUCGUGCCCAAUGCUUCCUGGAUCGGUUCUGGACCUUACGCGACCCAGUAGGAUAAGCGGUUUGGAAAAUGGGUGGAUGGAUGUAAACCAAAGGCAAUGGCUGUCAAAAUGUCUGAAUAAGAAGACCUAAGGCAAGCUUAUUUUACAUACUGUAAAAUAAAAAAAUAAUCAAAAAUAUAAUCAUAUAAUUGUAAUGAACUAAAUGCCAUGUUCUUUACUGCAGAGUAUGGUCACAUAUCUGUAGCAAUAAACAACCCUGUAGCUGGGGAGAGCAGCUUGCAGAGGAUGUUUCUCCUGCUCUGGUCGUACACGUAUUUGGAUGAUGUCUCAAGUGAGUUAACAUGUUGGGUGUGUUUCCAGCAACAUAUCUGAUUUAGUUAUAACAGCCGACAGUCUUGGCCUUACCAGAUACUCUCUAUAGUGACGGUGUAGUGUAUUAGGAAACAGAAAUGUUCCCAGAAUGCCUGCUAUCAGUAUUAGCCAUAAUCAACUCACAGCCAGAAUUUACAUAAUUUGAACAAAAUGUUUCAUUUUCAUAUUUAAGUAAAAGUAUGGAUUCCACAUCAAAAUAUUACUUAAGAACAAGUUAUCCAGUAAAACAAAUCUGGUUUAAAAAGUACUUGAGUUUCAAAUGUAGUACUACUUAUUAAAAUCUCUUGACUUUAAGAAAAGCAAAAUACCCUUUAAAGUCCACUCAAUACAUGUUUUAAUACAGCAUUGUGAGUUACAGUGCAUCACAAUAAGGUAAAGUGAAUUGCGAGGAUAAGAAGAUAUAAAGAAAAUAUUUCAGAAAAAGCUGUGAGAUUUACCAAGUUUGGCAGUGCAAAUUGGCAGAACGACAUUACAUGAUUUUUCAUUCAGUGGAAAAGAAGCUUGAUCUGGCCCUCAGGACCAGGUUUAAUAAUGAACAUGUUGUGGGCGCUGCUUUGAGACAACAUUCCUUGUUCUUCACUAUGGAAAAUAGCUGAUCAUCCAGAGCAGAUGUUCUCUGUCGUUUCAGUAGGCUCAAGUUGGCUCCUUAGCUGUGGUACCGCUAACUGUGAAAACUGAUUUAAAAAUUGUCCACCUUAUUAUUAUUAUUAUUAUUAAUGGCCCAUGAGAGAGAAUUGCAAUCUCAGUUCUGAGUGGAAAAAAAUGGUGAUUGGGUAAAAUAUCAAAGUCACAAAACCCUGUACUCAGGUAUGCUGCAUGCUUUUUGCAUAUGGAAUUUGUUAAAAUUUGGUAUGUAAUGGUGGUCUCGUGCUGAGGUCCUUUUGCUCUGCAUUGUAGUGAAGCGUAAGUAAAAGUUGCAACAAACUCAAGUGAAGUACACAUCCAGAAGAAACCUAAUUACAGUGAUACCUUAGUGUCACUUGCACUGGUGUCUGCAUUAAGGUAAUUUGUCUCAUUGUGCAUGCCGGACCGGUAACGUACAAAACGACGCACAACAAAUACGCAUACUGCUACGACCCAAGUGUGCAAACAUAUGAGAGACUGGGGAAACACAAACCAAAGGGAUUAUCUUGUGUCCUUCCAGGACAAAUCAAAGAAGAGGAGGAAAAAGAAGCAAAAGAAGCACCGAAAGAAGAAGAAGGCGUCCAGCUCGGAUCACGAGUCAGAUUAAGGUGUCCUCCUGUGCGCCCCCUAGUGGUACAGGCAGGGGUGUGAGUGCAUGCCUAGAAAGGCGGGAGUCGGGCUGCCAAGGCAAAAGAACGCCUGCAUGAGCCGGGAGUCCGGAGAAAAGCGAACUCUUCACUCACAAAACUUUUAAUAUGGGGAAACUGUCUUGCCGUUUUUUUUUUUUUUAAGAAUUUUCAAUCAAAAUAAAAGUGUUACCAUUUGACUGUCACGUGGAUUAUCUGCAAUAAAAAUUUAAUUUCCUCGCACAUAUUUGUAUAUGAUGUACGUUAUGACUAGGUCUUGUGUGACCUUAGUUUAUUUGUCCCUAAUAAUCUUAUGGGAUUUACGGUCUGCUUAGCAAAGGGUGGCUGGAAACUAGCUGCCAUGUGAUAGGUGGUUCUCGCGUGACUUUCACUUUACGCAGCGUUCAGUGAGGUGUUUCUCAUGGCAAAUAUCACAGUUGAGUUGCUGAGAGAUGGUUUGUUUUGUGACCUCCAGCACCCUCUAUGAGAUGUCUGUGUAGAACCUACACUGCACGUAUCAGUGCUGUGCUGUUACCAACCUCAUAUUGAAGUUGUCAUUAAAAAUGCACUGAUUUUUGUAGCAAAGAAAUUUGAAUUAAAAAAUUCACAUGCAUGUACCGUU